AAAAAAAACGGGUUGGAUUACAGUCUGCUGGUAGGAUGAACCUGAUCACAUACAAUUAUUUGUUUACAGAUUUAUGUUGUCUUCUUAACAGCUAUUGUUUUAAAAAACAAACAACCUUUAAAACUGGACAAAAGAAACUUGAAUAAGUACUGUACAAAAAAUUAAACCUAAUUACAGUUGUGCCACAACUGCCAACCAGCGUUUUUGAUCACGGUCACUGUUGACCCAGUCUUUUUUUGCGUAAUUUCUUGAAUUUAGCUGCAAAUUAUGGUUUUGAAUAUGAACAGCUUGUUUAAGGUUUUGCCAGUGUCUCAAUCAGAUUAAAGUCCAGACUUUGACUAGGACUCUCUAAAACAUUCAUUAUGACCUGCUUGUGUACUUUGCAUCAUUAUCAUGUGGUAUAACCAGAGUUUGGACAGCAUGGUGACAUAGUUGGUUGCCCUGCGGCCCAGCAGCAAUCAGGUUAAAAUCUCAGGCUGGGGUAUUUUCUGCAAAGAGUUGGCAUGUUUAACAGACUGACAGAAUCCACGCAAUUGGCUGCACUGGGCAAACACUAGUAGUGCCUUGCCCAAGGACACAACAACAGACCGACAGAGCAAGGGUUCAACAUGGCAACCCACUGGUUAAAUAACUCAAGAUCAUAAACUGAUGGUUAGGCCUGUUCCAAUGAGUAAUAAAUCAAUUAAUUGCAUAAUACAUUAAAAAUAGCUCAAUAUUUCCAUUAGUAUGGGUUAUCAUUUUUCUCUAUUCUCUUUUUACUUCCACCAGAGACUGGAAAACAAAGGUCUCCAGUCUUUGUGCAUUGGUUUCACCUAGGACAGUUUUGUUGACAGAGCCUUCAUAAUUAAUUUGGUUUGCUGUCUUGUUUGUUUAUUUUGGAUAUUUCAAAUAUCUUCCAGUUAUAGUGUUAAAUUUUCAUUAGAAUUUAAAGUUUCUUGAUUUUUUUGACAAUGUGUUCUUGCUUUGUAUACCAUUGUAUUACUUGAAAAUUGGUCUCAAGACAACAAUAUUAUCGUUUAUCGUCCUGAACCAGUAGAGUGGCCCCAGACCAUUACAUGACUACCAGCACUGCGUUUGAUGGGUAGUACGAUGUCCUAGAUGCUGUUAGUUAGUUUUACACCAGAUGAAAUGGCAAAACAACCCGUUUUGUCUCGUCAGUCCACUGAUUAUUUUCCCAAAAGGUCUUUGUGUUCAAGUUUUUUUUUUUUUUUGCAAAUGUGAGAUGGGUCUUUGUGUUCCUUUUGGUGUGCAAUGUUUUUUUUGUUGUUGUUUUAGGGGCUUUUUUACCUGGGAUUACUCCCACUGAGGUCUUCUUGGCCAAGUCUUUCUCUAAUGAUUAGAUACCGUAACUAACACUGGCCUUAACCGAGACAAAGAAAAUCACAAACUAUAAACUAUAAGGGAUAAGAUUGGGUUGCAUAACAUAAGUACUUUACUGAUAUGAUACAAUCUGCAGCUGCUGCAGGGGGCUGCUGUGUACACAGAGCAGAUGCACCGCAUGAUUUUCCUGUCUGUCUCAUUUGAUAAAUGUUGAUUACCAAAAGGUCAAAAUGAUAACAUAUUGAGAAUGGUGCACAACAACCUUGCUUGUGUUCGAAGUGAACUAAGUGCAUUUGAACAUCCUGCAAGAGGACAGUGAAAGAGUUUAGCUUUGUGCCUUGGAUAUUGUUCAAUAAAUGAUGGAAGCCUCGGUCCUGUAAUCUCAUGCUUUAACACACGCAUCCCCUGGUCUCAGUAGAUACGUUUGCAUGAUGUGAAAGUAAAAAGUUAAUCUAUAACAGCGGGUUUCUGUUCGUACAUUUAUUGUGGAACAAUGAUUUGAAAGGUGUUUUUUUUGUUUGUUUCUUCUCUUUUCUUGAUUUUUUUGGGGGGGAUCCAGGCAUGACAUUCUGUUUUUGAGAAUGUUUUUGUCCAUUAUAUUGCCAGAGAGGUUCUACUUCAAUGACCUAAUAUUUCUACAGGCAGGAAGUAAUCUUGCCUGGGUGGGGCAUGUGAAACUAAAUGCAAUUUGUUUUUUAAAUGUGGUUAAUCAAAUUUAACUAAUUACUUAACUAGGUAGGGAGUUACUUUUUUCUCUAUGGGCUUUUCCACUUACAAAAUGCUAAAAAUAAAUUCAUUUGAUAAAAUGCAUUUUGCAUUUGCUUCUCUACACAGUAAAUACAACAUGUUAGAUCCUCAAACAGAUCAAAAUUUGUAAAAGUACUGAGUUUGAAAUAAAGGAAAUACUUUGCCAAGCAAAAUUUUAUCAUAAAUAUUAGUGUGAAAUCUUUUAGAUAAACAGAAAAACAAAAGUUUUGAUAGACAGCUACAUGAUCUGGAUCAAAUAGUAUAAAAAAAGUUGACUGAAAGAGCAUCUACCCCAUCAUUGGCUUAUAAGGAUAUAUGAUUGCAGCAACUUCCUGUUAUUCAUCUACCAAAUAGACAGAAAUAUGGUUAAUAAGAAUAAUUUCUAAAGGCUUUUUUUUUAAAGAGAUGUAAAUAUAACUGCAUCCAGGAGUUAAUAAAGCAAAUUAGCUUUAACAAAAGGCUAACGACUUUACAGUUUAGUAAGAAAACUAUCUUAUCAGACAAAUAACCUGUUGAUCAGGAUAUGUAAAGUUUUCUAAAUGACAAAUAUUUAAACUGUGCAGUGAAAAUGUUGAAGUGUGCAGGGAUGGAGGGUGGGAGCAGAGCAGAACCAAGAGGAGAGAAAACGGUAGAGAUCUUUGUCUGUAGAGCAGAUCAGUAGCAUGCAGGUGAAGCAGGAUGGAGUAAUAGGUGCCCAUUUCCAGCUCGCUAUUUAUCACACUGCUGGCCUUGAUAUCGGUGAGUUCUACUGAUUUACCUAUUUUAAUGAAGCUUAGGCACCACUGCUUUUGCAAAAAAAUAUAAAACAAUGUCUAGAAUAUAUAUUUUAUAUGUUUUCUACAUUAUUUAAGUCAGAUGGUGGCAAAAAUUGGAUAUGAAGUUUCUGCAUCUUAAUAUAAAUUUGAUCAAAUAUAUGAAAAUUGACACAUUUUGCAAAUAUUAUUUGAUUUCAGGUUCACAGUAAGACCAUUUUACUAAUUAUUCAUAGGCACAUUAUAAGAAUAAUAACAUUUUUUAAAGACUAUUGGUAAGAUGUAGUAGAAAAAUGCUUGUAAUCAAUUAGAGGCUUUGUAUUUGCAUUUUUAUGAAACAGCAGCAUUUGACAAGACAAGCAAAUUACACUGAGAUUUUGGGCUGUGAUUAUGUAAAACAGGUUCUACUGUGAUCUACUGGAAACUAGAAAGCUGUGGUUUUGUUUUCAGGCAAAAUGUCCUGGGGGGAAAUAAACCACAAGUUUGGGAUGUCAUACAUUUUAAUACUUUGCUGUCCAGCGCUCUUUAUUGAAAUAAUCCCGUCAUUAAAUCACUGAAUACUUCUCUCCACCACUAGUAAAACAUACGAGGGAAAGAGUUUGUCACACAACUCUGAGAUCAUUCUGCUCUGUAUCCACUUGCACUCAAACAUCUAAGUUUUCCUCAUUUAAGCAUUAAUACUAUGAGUUAACACUUCACAGUGGAAUUAAAUGCUGAAUUUUCCUUUAAUACGAGUGUUUUUUUUAUAAUUAAUUAAUCAAAAUAAUUGCAUUAAAGUCCCAAUUAAAGAUUGUUGCAUGCAUUUGCACAGCACCUUUAAAAACCCGAAGUGCUUUUACAGUCAAGAUGUUUUGUUAAUACAAUGAAAAGCUCAGCAAUCAAAUACUUUACUAUAUAUAAUAAUGAUGAUGAAUUAUUUAAAAUAAAUGAAUGCUGCUAAAAUACCUUUGAACCUAUGAAGUUAGAGAAAAUUUAAGUCAGACUGGGGCUAUGCAGGAACACCUGAUAUGUGAUUAUGUAGGUGAAUAUUGCAAUAGGAAUAUGACUUCUCAGCUGUGUUAACCUCUUUCUGCUUAGGGUUUAUAGAUAAACACCAGAAAAGUAGUUUAUUUAGCUAUUGAAAGAAAAAUUAAAUCCAUUAUAUCCAUCUGAACAACAAUGUUUUAUUGAAGAAGUGUUUCUGUCUGUUGUUUUGGCAAUAAAACAAUUCAGUUGUAGUUUCUUAAUAAUAACCUUACCACCUCUUCACCUUCUAAACUUUAUAUACGGAAUAAAAGUGUCACUAAAUAAAAUACAGCCUUGCAGCAUCUGAAUGCAAGGUACCUAAAUAAAUAAAAAUAAGUAUUCACUUACUGGCCAAGCAGUUCUUAACCAAAUUGUAUACAGUAAUAUCACAAUAAUGAUAAACUUGCACUAUAUCGUGCAUCCUUAGCGUAAACUGUCACUAGCUGUGGUUUAAGUGGUUUUGACAGAAUAGAGAAGCUGAUCAACUGUGUAAAUACCAAAAAUGUCUCAUAACACAAAGUAAACAUUAAUAAAAAGUGCUUACAGUCAAAGCCUAUCAUAACGCUGAAAAAUGCUUAACGACAUGUUUGCUUACGUGCCAACAUCCAAAAUUAAAAUGUCAACCCAUCUCAAUCAAGCAUAAACUUUACGAGAUAUUUAAUGUGUAAAUAGUGAAAUACUGAGAAGUGCUGCGUUCUCAAUGUAAUGAAAUCAAAUGUUUACAUGUUUUAUUAGGAAAAGCUGGCAUUAAAACUUCAUUGGCUGGAUGCAUUUGACCAUGUCAGUCAUAGGAGUAUUUAAAGGAGUCACUUAAGCUAAAUUACCUUCAUAAAAACCCUGUUUUAAUUUGUACCAUCUUGUGACAGGUAUAAUAUCUCCAGUAGAAGCAACACAGAACGCGCCGCUCUGGACAUGCGAGCGAUUUAGAAAACGUUUGAGACAUGGAGCUGUGGAACGUAACAGAACUGGAGGGAAAACCAAGCUCGCCUUUGUUUAACUGUACUGUGGAUACAAGCUACCGUUUCACCUUCUAUCAGGUGUCCUACAGCGUCAUCUUCCUGCUGGGACUGGUCACCAACAGCCUGGCUCUGCACAGACUCUACACGUCCUCUUGCACUAUGAACAGCACAGCCGUCUACAUGGCCAGCCUGUCCUUCGCCGACAUGUUCUUUGUGAUCUCUCUACCUAUGAGAAUCUACUACUACCACCAAAAGGCUCGAGCUUGGUCGAAGACUGAGGACCUGACCAGCUGGACUCCUGGAGCAGCUUUCUGCCAGAUCACCUUCAUCCUCAAAUACAUCAGCUUGUACGGCGGGAUCUUCUUCCUCGUGUGCAUUGCAGUGGACCGAUACUUUGCUGUCGUGCACCCUCUGUCGCCGAACCUCCGCAGGCGGCGUGUUGCGCAGAUUGUGAGCGGGGGGAUAUGGUGUGUGGUGCUGGGGCUCAGCGUGAGUCUGCCGCUGUUGCGUUUGGCAGCUUCUCACCAAAACCGGCCCUGUCUGCUCGACCCGUCCUCCCUGCGCCACAGAACUUUCAUUCUGAUCUCCCUGAGUUUAGUUUUGGGGUCAUUUCUGCUGCCCACUCUGAUACUCCUCUACAGCUACUCCAGAGUGCUGAGCGUGCUCCGCAAGUCAAGGCAUCGCUGUCGCAGCCAGCGCCGCAAUUGUCGGCAGACCCUUAAAAUUAUUUACUGGGUUUUGGGCGUCUACCUGCUGUGCUUCCUGCCCUAUCAUGUCAAUCUGCUUGGCUAUACCUUCACACACAUGAAGCUGCUGCCACACUGUGGCCUGGCCAAGCUGACCAAGACUGUGCACCCAAUCGUGCUCUCACUGGCAAGCUUUAACUGCUGCCUCAAUCCGCUCAUCUAUUAUUUCUCCAGCAGUCUGGUGCACAGGGAGACUUCGGGAGGUGGAGGCAGUAGCAUUCAAUGCCAAGGAGGAUAACUCCAAGGAUUACAGCCUAUUUGAAACUUUUUAAUGCUAAACACUACUGGUUUUUGGUGAGUAAAGUGAACUCCAAGUUGCCUUGUUUCUGUAUUAGUGAGGUGUCAGAGGAAACAUAAAAGCUUUAGGAAACUGCUUAAAAUAUUCUGUGUCACCUGUUAAUUCAGGAUGGUCAGAGGAAGUCCACAUUAUUUUUUUCUAUAAUGUUAAAGAGCAAGUCUAUGGUUCUUCCAGGCUGUGAAACAGAGAGCGAGAGCAAGACUUACCGCAGAUAUUUUAGCAGGAAAGCUCUGUUGCAUUGUUUUCAGCUGUUAAACUCUCAUUUGUAAAUAUAGGCAGCUUUAAAAAAAAUACACAGGUGGGUUUAUAAAUGCUGAACAACAAUUACUAGUAAGAAAUACCAGGAAAGAGGUAAUAAGAUAAUUCUUAAAACUAAAUAAAAUAACUACUCUCUGAUUAGUGAAGGACUACAUUUGAGUAAAGCGAUUUAUGACAUAACAGGGUUUCCCCCAGAAAACUUGCUAAGCGCUGCGGUGUGGGCAGUCAUUCAGCGGCCUACUAUGUAUUUGAGUAA